AUGUUCUGUGGACGAACAUGGCUCCUUGCCGGCUUAGUCGAAAUUUACACCUCGGGUACUCCGUAUUAUAACUUCUGCCUUGCCUUGGAAGUACCGAAGGCAGAUGGGCCGCUGCUUGGUACAGGCAUCACGCCGCAUAAUAAAUGUAUCGAAAUCUACAAUUAG